CAGCAUUGUUUGUCGGCCAGCCCGUCAUAGUACCUAUGUGGCUGGUAACUCCAGUGUUUGUCUGUUUUAGCAAGCCCAGUAGCAGCUUCAAACACCAAAUAUCCUCUCUUGCACCUAAAUGCGCAGUUAGAUCUGAGAAGAGAGUAGCCAAGUCCUCUCAUCCGGGUUUCAGUGCCGAAAUGCUGACAACAGCAGUAGGAAGCACCUACGGAGAUGUCGUGAUAACCAAGACUUCUGUGUGCUGUUAACUUCUGACACUCACUGACGGCUGACUCAAUGGUAAAGCGGCGGCGAUGCAAUCACAACAGUUUGCUUCAUGACGCCAUCAACCCGUCUAAUACCUUGACCGGCUCCACAAAUGCUAAGCACAACAGUAUUGCCAUCAUGCCAUGAUACG